AUGGCGGCGCUGCUGGUGUUCCCGUCGCCGCUGCCGCCACUGCGCGCUCUGCUCCGCCGCUGCUGGGGGCGGCUGGAGCGCGGGCUCCUGCCCCGCUGGGACCUGCCCCGCUGGGACCUGUCCCGCUGGGACCUGCCCUGGGGGCCAGCCCUGGCCGUCCAGGCGCCCGUGGCGCUUCCCGAGGCAGCAGAAGGCGCUGGUGAGGGCGGCGAGGAGCCCGGCUCCUGGGAGGGCGUCCUCUGGAUGGCCGCCCCCAAGAAGCGGCGCACCAUAGAGGUGAACCGCUGCCGGCGCAGGGACCCCAGGAAGCUCAUUAAAGUGAAGAGAAACAUAGAUGUUUGCCCUGAAUGUGGACACUUGAAGCUGAAGCAUGUCCUCUGUGGCUACUGCUAUGCCAAGGUCAAAGCAGAAACUCGGGAGAUACGCCGUGAAAUCCAGAAACAGGAAGGGGGACCGUUCAAAGCUCCCACUGUGGAAACUGUGGUGCUCUAUGAUGGAGAACAGCCCUCAGAAAAAGACGAAGGCAAGCGGAUCAUUGAAAGAGCCAGGAAGCGCCCGUCCUGGUUUGCCCAAAACUGAGGUUAUAGAAGCAAUGUAAACCAAAACAGUUGCUCCAGCAAGAAAKAUGGUGCUUUUGAAGACCGUUUUCCUUGUUGUGUUCACUGCUGAUAUGAACCUAUCAACUUUUGGGAAGUUUGCCUGAAACAGUUUGUUUCAUAUCAGACUGCAGUCCUGUGUUAGUCCCAUAGUGCRGGGUGGUGAAUGUCUCUCAUUCAUACAUAGCAGUCACAGUUAAAGAGAAAUUGGAAUCUACCUGGAUUUGGAUAUUUGCUUACUGCACAAAAAAUAAGAUGUAUGUUAAUGUG